AUGGAUAUCUACGGCUACUCUUCGUAUCCAUACAAUCAAUCAGAUGAAUUAGCGAAGCAAAUGUUUGCCCAACAGGCGUUAGCUUCAUCAGUUCGUGGAAUGGAACAACCGCAUGAUAUGCCGGCACCCACAGGAUCUCCAUGGAACGUUCAGGGUAUACCUUGGAGUAUGCAGUCACCUCCAAAUUUAGUCCAUUUUACUGCUCAGACUCCAGAUACUAAAGUGUCUCCAGUAGUACAUUGCAAAAGAAAAAGUCUAGAUGUAGAUCCACCAAUACCGGCAAAACAAUUUAUAACAGAGGAGAAAAUGGCAGCUCAUCUCAAUGCUUUACACAUAUCAUCAAGCUACACACAGCACUCCUUAGCUAGUGAGGAUGUGAUGGAGGUAGUGGUGGACCCGACAGCAUCAGUUGCAACAACUUCUAGCAUCAGUGAAAAACUCAAGGGGCAUACCAUCAUACUAUCAGAUGAUGUGAAGAAACUUCAAAAUGAACCUAUACUACCGGCGUCACUUAUUGAAAGACUGCAAAAGCCACAGAUGUCACUUGUAGUUUGGAGACCAAGAGAGAACAUUCUAGAAAAGAUAAAAGAAGACAAAGAUGUAGAAUCCGAAGAAGAGAAAAUGGAAAAGAGAAAUGGUGUCCUUGUGGUAGAACAUUCUAGAAUGGAUAUGGAAAUGUGA